AUGCUCGCAUCAAAAAUUUUUAGAGGUAUAAAAGUCUUUACAAAAGAAGAAGUUUUAAACCCAGCCAAAAAUUACAAGGAUCUUUAUGAACUAGCUGGUCAGUAUAGAUGCAAAGGGGUAGGCUUUCAUUUUUGGAGGUCUACAUGGCCUCCGAACUCAUAUUACACAAUUACUGACUCCCUCUCCGUAAGCGAACAAAACUAUUUGAAAAAUCCUAUUUUUUUCCCAAAAACCCACCCUCCGUGAGAGAAAAAAAAAUUUAUGGAAAAAAUAAUUUAUAUUAUUAUAAUAAAAUCUCUAGAUAAAUCUUUUUAAUUUGAAUCAGCUUAUAUUUUAAAAUAUAAAUUUUGCAAAUUAAAUUAGUUUUUUACUUCUUAAUUUUUACAAAUUGGAAAUUUUUUUAACUUUCGAGAAAAAAAAAAUUAAGUCCCUCCGUGAGCGAACAAAUUUUUUGGUUCGCUCACAGGGGGAGUAAGAUGGAUUUGAAAGAUCCGAGCCAUGGAAAAGCUUGGGGAAUUCUGACUUGAAAGGGGAAGAAAGGUGUAAAAGAAGAGAAGAUAGCGUCGCCAUUGAAGAAAGGAACUUGGAGAUUCAAGAUCCCUGAAUUGAAAAUUGAGCCAGAAGAAAGCAAUAAAGGACAAAAAUAA